AGCUCCUUCCUAGUACUACCAAUGUCUACCUCCCAACGUUUUGCCUUCUCCUUUUUGCGGGAUGGAUUCAAGUUCCGCAUGGGCAGACUCUACGACACAUUCUGGUAUUCGCAGAGUAACCUUAAGUGGGUACUAGUAUUCGGCUACCCUGCUCUUCUCUUCUGGGUGCGUUGGCGUGCAGACCAUCAGUACAAGUAUCGAAUAUACGUAGCUGAUAGUAAGGUGACCCCUGAUACUACCAAGAAGGUGCCCCUAUGGGGUAAGGAGUACGGUCAGUGGAGUAAUGGCAAGCCCGUAUAUCAACAGGCUACAGCAACGGUUCAGGACCUGAAGGCUGCUGUCUACGGUGGUAAGGAUAAGGUCCCGGAGUCGGUCAGGGCUGGUUGCCAUGGACGCAUGUUCGAGGAUAGUGAUAACCUAGCCCUCGCGGUGCGGUCCUUCUGUAAGAGGGACCCUAUGAUAGUGUUCUGGGAUGAGGUAACUGCACAGAAGGAGGUGGUGGGGGUAGCAGCAGGCGGGCAAUGAGACUGGUCAAUGGCAGCAUUAUCG